AUGGCUGGCCUCCCCGAGUCCAAGUCCGAAAGAUUCAGCGCAUUGGUCCAUGGCGACAGAAGAUCACGCUUGGACGGUCCGCCGCCUCUGCCAUUCGACCUCCGAGACCACAAACUUUCAAUAACGAUUUUCACCAUCCUUGGUCUUGCGGAGUGCUGCUUCAUUCCCAUCGCUCUUUAUUAUGGUCUGACGUAUGGCACGAACAUGAGGUCCGGGAUAAUUUUUGCCAUCAUCACCAGCUUGUUCGGAUUUGUGAGCGGUUAUGAGUUCGCCAUGCGGUCGUGGCGCAUCAUCCGAUACGGCGAUGAUUUCAGACCGCUAUACGGCAGUCAAUAUUUCCGGGGAUUCGACGCGACCCAAAACGUGCUGCUGACGCCCUUUACCGUCAUGACAAUCAUCCAAAUCGUGUUCAGCAUCCCUCACCAUCCGUCUGUUAAAGCAUUGGCUAUGCCUAUGCCGGUUGGAAUGGUCAUUCUGGGCUUGAUGUUCAUAGUGAACGGCAUAGCAGCGCAGCGUCGUUGGAGACUGAUUCAUUUCAGGCUCAGCUCCCAUGUCAGGAAUUCAGUUUGUCCUCCACUCACAUUCGUCUUCAUGGAAGAUGUGUGUGCAGUCGACGGGAAGGGUGGAAAGAAAUACAGAAAGGCAGCCAUGGCCAGGUACAAUGCCUCACCACGUUUCAGAGCCUUGCUCAUGCAACUGCUCUGGUCGUGGUCCAUUUCUGCUACAAUCAUCGGCGCAGCCUUGAUAGCAGUGAUAUGGGUCGUCAGUGACGAUGUUGCUUACGGCAUCGGAUGGAGUGUGCCUUCAGUAUGGGCUGCUGUGUGGACAUGGUGGACAAUAAUCUGGGUUCAGAGGGCUCUUCGCAUUGAGAAAGUAACAUGGGUCACAGACCGGGUGAGCUCGGCGUGA